GAAAUGUGUUCUUCGGGUGUAUUUUAGUGGUCAACACUUCUUCGCGCAGACCCAAACAAGAAGACAACUCUUGAAAUACAGAAAAGAAAAAAAAUUAAUGGCACAAAAGUAACGCGAAAAAAACAAUGUAAAUAUGUGUAUAGUGAAAGCAAAACACGGUGCAUUUGUAACUGUCAAGUGUGCACUCAGAAAAUUCGCGAAGUAGCGUGCAAAAUUGGCGAGCGAACGCGUCGCUGGUGCUUCACCAACAAAUCUCUCCCCACUAAACGUUUUGAGGAAUGAUGAAUAACACACGAAAUACAUGCAUAAAUGUUGAUGAAAAUGUCGCUCACGCUGUUGCUGCUUCAGCCGGCGGCGCAACAGCAGCAGCAACAGCAGCCGCAACAACAAUGACAACGACGGCAGCGACGCCGACGACGGCGACAGCGAUGCCGGAAUUUGUGCAACUGAAUGAGACGCGCCGUUAUAUUUAUAGAGUGAUAGCCGCCAUACACGACGAGAGCUUCAACAAGCUUAUGAAUCGUCUGCUUCGACAAUUCGAGUGUGCCAUACGCGAAGGGUUUGAAAGCGCACAAAACUCACCGUUAUUGUGCCGCAAGUUAGCGCGUUCCAUUAUCGCACUAACGGACCAAAUACAUACGCUACACACUCGCCAUGGCAGCGACAACAGCUGCAAUAAUGCCAAGACGUAUCGUCAACGCAUCUGCUACAUUGUUGCCAUUUAUAUUGCCUGUGAAUUAUGUGCCGCCCAGGAUCAUGUUGAGAAGGAACGUUGUAUUCUGGAACGUAUCGGCAGCAUGUUGUCGCUGUAUGUAGAAGACGGCGAUGUGGCUUGUGGUCUGCUUAAGGAGCAUACGUUGCGGACACUUGUCGCCAUACCCAAGGUCUUUGGACAAGCCAACAUUAUCACUGUGCUCUACAGCCGCCUCUUUCCUCAAUGGUCGUCCACAUCCAGCGUCUUCAGUCAAACAGAGUUGCCCGAUAGAAUAUACAUCGAAUAUAUUAUCAUAUUCUAUUGCUGGCAACGUUUGGAACGCGAUGAGGCAACCAGGCAUCGUAUUAUUGAAUUUGCCUCUCGGUUUAUGCGACCAUCAUCAACGCUGCCUUGCAACGCCUCAUAUCGGAAUUAUCUGCCCGAUUAUGGUGCCUCGCGGACGGCAACUCGCAGCAUUCUGGAGUAUCUAAACGUACAGCAAUCCUGCACAGGAUUACGAGCAGCUAGUAGGCUGGACAAUCGAUCUUCGCAGUCAAAUGAUGUGAUUUUUGACUCGGAUGAAGAGAAAGCCACAUCGGAAUCAGGUUUAAUGCUGGUCAGUGCCAUGGCAGCGGCGAUAACGUUGACGAAAACACCGCUGCCGCCACCAGCACCGGAUCCGCCGGAUUUUCUGAAGACACUCUGUGAAAAUGCCAAACGUUUGGAGCCAGUGAAACGUGCCACAGCUUUGUAUCGUGGCAUUGAUAGUACUUGCGAGGUGGUUGAUCUCUGCGAGUCCGAUGAUGAUGUGGAAAUGUUUUCUUUGGACUUCAGUGUGCCCGCCAAUGUCGAUGGCAAUGCGUCCAGUUCGAAUGAAGCAUCGGCAACUCAGUUAGAUGAUUAUCUGCCCGUUACCCGUAUCUUUCCCAGCAAUUUGCGAACUUAUCAACGUGCCACGAGCAGUGCAGCUAAUGCGUCGGCCAAUGCCACAACGGGAGCAGAAACAACAUCAAUCGCAACAACAACAACUACAGAGACCUACACGAUGCCGCGUAUAGUGAACAGCUAUAGCUGUCGUCGUGAUAGUCUGCAUCUUGUAAGCACAACGCAGACACCGCCACAUCUUGUUGAUCAAUGUGUACAAACCGCAGAGCAGGAGGAGGAACAAGAGCAGCAGCAGCUGGACAACGUGCAAAACGAAAGUUUUGGCUUUGAAGACGAUGCCAUAUCCCCCUGCAUGUUUUACUCGGAUUCACGUAUGCCGCUGGUAACUCACAGUUCGAGUCCCGCACUGAUCUGUGAAGGGUCCAGCAGCAACAUGGAGACGGCGAGUUUAGAGAACAAUCAUAAUCAUCACUGCCACCAGCCAUCUAGUCGUAAUAGCAACAGCAGCGAAGCAUCGUUGCAGAAGAAACAGGUCACGUUCAGUACGGACCUUUUGGGCGCCUCGAGUAGCUCAGGAUUUGGCAAGACCCACAAAAUAAUUAAACCCACCAUUAAACGUUACAAACAAGUUAAUUAUAUGUCUCGCAUAUCGUUGACACCAACCUCAUCGAUGGAUCACGUCGAGACACUCAAAUGGAUAGGGCAUAGAGAACAUUUGCAAGCUGGACAACGCAUGUUUAGCAAAGUGGAAGCCAAGAAACACUGUGAUAAAGGGACAGGCGAAGCACUGUCGGCCGUAAAUCGUCGUCGAAAGCGACAGGCGGCAGAUAAACGCUCGUGCGUCACAGUUGCUGAUAUGGCCACACCGACAAUAGAGCUAACGCCCACAACGAGCAAUGCAUCGAGUGGCACCCCAACUCCUCAACCGAAAAGACUUCAAUCGCGUGCUCCACAGCGAUCAUUGCCCACACCGCCCGCAUCAACGCACAGCUCGAAUGGCACCGUACGUCACGGACAAUGCGAACGCAGUAAUGACAUUGACAUUAAUCAAUUGCAGGCCGAGGCCAGCAGCUAUAAGUUUAAUCGUCAUAAGUUUGCUGAUAGCUCUCUGAAGCAUGUUCGCUUCUAUAAUAAUUUACUCAAACUGCAACGCAUGAAAAUGCAAGAAAAACGAGAUGAAUCUGAUGAAUCAGCUUCGGUGGCGAUGUCUUCGGCGUCGUUGCCGCAAAAGCAAAAUGCAAAAACGAAACCAAAACAGAAAAAUCAGAAUCGCAAUAAGCUAAAGCUCAAGAGAUUACAUGCGUUAAAUGGUAAGCUACGUCAAAAAGCUGAUGAGCUUGAGGGCAACCUGGAGAUAAUCACGAAUUAUGCAAAAGAAGAGCGAGCAAAGGCGGCGGCAUUAUCACAAAUUGAGGCGACGCCCAUACCCAUUGUAAGACUGAAACGUAUCCACGUUAAAGAAAUGAUUGUGCCGCACAGUGAUAUUGAAGAAGAUCUCGUGGAACACCAAGAGGAUAUUCUCAUUCCUCCAGUGAAGCGGGCUUGGAAUAGACGUCGACGUCGUAAGGGUCACCAAUGGUCGCGCAUAAAGAACGUUCAAAAGAAAAAGCAACAAGCUGCAGUAGCUCACACCAUAUACGAUGAUUCCUCCGAUCUUCAGUCAACCCAAGCAGACCAUUCUAUUGAUAAUUGUGUGACGAAGGCAGCUGAACCGUCCGUAACUGCUUCUGUACCUCUUGCCACUCCUGCCAUUAUAAUUGCCUCGGCAUCAUCUACUAGUCCUUCAUUAGACUCAGCCAACGUACCAGUUCACACACCAUCUACUGCUGCUCCCUCUGUAACUUCACGUGCUUCGUCUUCUAGUGUCUCGGAUCGCUGUCAAACAGAACAAGAUCUUAGUAUUGCUGCCUAUGUGACGCUGGCAGUCAAUGGCGAAAGCUGCGACGACCAAGAUGCAGUGAUGAAGCAAAUAUCUCAACUGCCCACGCCCAGUCCAGAGAUUGAGCAAAGCAGUGCUAUGGUUGCACAUGAGAUUGAAGUAGCUACUAGUAAUGUUCCUGUAUAUUUGCUCAAUGGCGAAAGUAGAGAUGUGACAACGCCCGUGUCGGCAUCUUUGACUAGCGAAGAUUAAAAUGACAAAACCUGAGACAUGUGUAGAAUGCGGAAUUUCGAAAGGCCCUUAGUGGAAUUUUAUGGUGUAACAAAUACAAAUAUAUCUAUAUCUCUAUAUUUUUGUUGAUAUUUUAACAAAGCCUGUUGUAGCUAAUAAGAUAAUUAUAUGUCUGCAAAACUAACUGUAAGAACUACUCUAUAGAAUUGUUGAGCCUUAUUUAAUUCUAAUAUAUAUUCUCUGAAUUGUGUGUAGUAUUUGCGAAAGCUUUAAGUUUUAUUUUAUGGAGUUUUAUUUUUUUACUGCUUAAUCGUUUACUUUUUAUUGAUUGAAGCUGCAAUUCUAGCAUAUUUUGAGAUCCUCAAAACCCAAUGCAAUAGUAUGUAAGCAUAGUAUAUGAGAUUAGCCACAAUUAUACAGAUUUACUAUGUGCAUUAUAUGUUAAGAUUAUAUAAAUAAUUAUAAAUUAUAAAGAAUUGAUUUUUGAAAUGCA